AUGUCCGGGGAAAAGAGGACGUAUAGUCAGUCUAAGUUAUCGUGCCGUGAUUUUCCCAGUCCAGUCCACUUGGGAGUAGAUUUUUUUUUCUCCGAUCUAAAAUGAGUUUGACACCCCUGUCUUAUCCGACUUGAUUGUGCCGUUGCGCGCACUGACCACAGACGGCGCUAACGAGCCGCAUUCAUCAACAAGGAGCAAAAAAUCAAACCAGAGAAGAAGAAGUGCCUGGAGCCAGGAAAGGAUGGCUUGUCAACAAUGGCGUCCUGACCGGGGACGAUGCCUCAAAACUUACGCGGUCGUUCUCCUUUUGUGUACAGACCUGGUGCUACAAUGUGUACAAGGAUACCUGAGCUCCCCUCACGUCGGCCAGGAGCCUCCCUACACCAGAGACGCCCAGCAUGGCCCAGUCAUCACCAGCGCGGCGGUGCCUGCUGCAGCUUCGGCCUCUCCUGCUGACGACGAGAGCCACGCCUCCAAAUGUCCCAGCGGGGGUUUGUGCAGGCGCUUGCCAGCUGAUUGCAUCAACUGCAAUUACCAGCAUAAUUGCACUUACGGGAAACCAGCGUCCUUCACCUGUAAGGCCAAAAAAGGGGUUCACUGUGUGGGCGAGUCGGGUCAGCAGCAGACCAACUUCUCCCUGUCCAUCACCUGUCAGUUCUGCUGGCAACUGGAUCCGUCGCAGUACCGCUGCUCCAACUCCACCUCCUGCAUGACGGUGGCCUGCCCCCGACAGCGCUACAAUGCCACCUGCGACGUCCUGGACCACGUGCACUGUUUAGGUAAAAGACGUUUUCAGAAGCGGUUAUUUUGCAACUGGACUGGAGGAUACAAGUGGUCCACAGCGCUGGCGCUCAGCAUCACACUGGGUGGUUUUGGGGCGGACCGCUUCUACCUGGGCCAGUGGCGAGAGGGUCUGGGCAAGCUGUUCAGCUUUGGAGGCCUGGGCAUUUGGACGUUAAUAGACGUUCUUCUCAUCGGCGUGGGUUACGUGGGACCCGCCGACGGCUCUCUCUACAUCUGAAGAAAAAUAAGUCAAGAAUUACACGGAAAGAAACUGUGGACAUGUGGCUGGCACGGUCUGUGCACUCUCAAGGACCGAAGAUCUUCCCCGGCGCCGUGUUCUUUGCGCUCCCCGGCGGCCCCGUCCCAUCUGCUAGCAGUCAGGAGGUGUUUUCCUCCUCACACCCGAGGAUGACUCUGCCCACACACGUGCCGGAUCAAUCACGUUUACAGCCGCCGCCUCCUGGUGUAAAAGGAGCGGUGGGUCGCCACCAGGAACCUGCGAGGACAUCGUGCGAGAGUUCGCUUGACUCGCAGUGGAGUGCGCGUCCACUCCUGAACAACGGUUGUUUCUUUCCUACUUCACGGUAGACUGGUGGGGGCUUGACGGGAACUAAUACUGUACUGCAGUGACAACAUGUUACAUAUUAGAAAGUAGUUCAGGCCAGAACUGUAAGAGCAUUACUCUAAGACAGGGGGUGUCCAAAGUGUGGCCCAGGGGCCAUUUGUUUUUGUUUUUUUAUUGGCCCGCAACUUCUUCUAAAGACAAAAUAUGAACAUUGCACUAAAAAACUAAAAUAUGCCAUUUUGGGAGAAAUUGCAAGUGAAAGGCACUUAAAUGCGUAAGCCAGGUGUGUCAAACUCAUUUUAGAUCGACGGCCACAUGGAGAAAAAUCUGCUCCCAAGUGGGCCAGACUGGCAAAAUCACGGCACGAUAACUUAAAAAUAAAGACAACUUCUAAAAAUACAACAAGCACACUCUAAAAUUGUACAAAUCCUAAUGUUGUUGUUUUUUUAAUUACCUGUUGCUGUUAAUAGUAUAUAUACUUUAUUUGUUAUUUAUAUUUUCUGAAUAAAUUAUGUGAUAAUGUUCAUCAGUCAACUCAUUGGUGUUCAUUUUCAAUCUAUCAAGAUAAAAAAAUUAUAUCAAAAUCAAAUUACAGUACGUUAUUUAUGUAGUUUGAUCAUUAUACUAACAUCAUGUGGUUCAUUUUGUACAUAUGUAGCAUCAUCUACAAAGAUACAAAGAAUUGCUAUUGCGACAUCUAGUGGACACUUUUAGAACAGCUGUUUCUUCCAUUCAAAACUUUCAGAAUCAUUUUUAUACUUGGCAAACUCAUCCCGCGGGCCGGAUAAAAUCUGUUCGCUGGGCCUGAUCUGGCCCUCGGGCCGUACGUUUGACACCCCUGGCCUAAAGUUAGCAUGCUAACAGUCAGAAUGUGUUGAGUACCAAGUCAUAUGACUAUAAAGUGUGCGCAUGUAGAAUUAGCUUAAAAAGUUAGCAUGCUAACUGUUAACAUUUGAACAGUUAGCAUAUAUCAAGUACCAAGUUAAAUGACUGAUCUGUUCGGCUGCAAAAUUGGCUAAAAAAGUUAUCAUGCUAAUGUUAUUAGGCUAGAUUGCUAAUGUCAGCAUGCUAACAGUUAGCUGAAAUGCGUAAGGCGAACUUAAACUCUAAUGUUAGCAUGCUAACUGUUAGAAUACAUCAACCACCAAGUCAUAUGACUUUGAAGCGUACGUAUGUAAAAUAAGUUUAAAAAGUUAGCGUGUUAACUGUUAAUAUACCAACAGUUAGCAUAUAUCAAGUACCAAGUUAUAUGACUCUGAGCUGUUCGGCUGCAAAAUUGGCUAAAAAAGUUAGUAUGCUAUUGUUAGUAUGCUAGAUUGCUAAUUUUAGAUUGACAACAGUUAGAAUGCGUCAAGUACCAAGUCAUGUAACUACGAAACGUACGCAUAUAAACUUAGCUUAAAAAGUUAUAAUACUAACUGUUAACGUGCUAACAGUUUGCGUAUAUUAAGUACAAAGUUAUAUGCCUGUUAGGUGUUAGGUUGCAAAAUUGGCAAAAAAAGUUAGCAUGCUAAUGUUGGUAUGUUAGAUUGCUAACAUUAUUAGCAUGUUAGCAGUUAGCAUGUGUGAAGUACGAAGGUAUAGGACUCUGAGGUGUUUGGCUGUAAAAUUGGCUAAAAAACAUAGCAUGCUAGAAUCUCAAUGUUAGAAUGCUAACUGUUAGCAUGUGUCAAGUACCAAGUCAUAUGACUCUGAGGUGUUUAUCUGAAAAAUUGGCAAAAAAAAAGAUAGCAUGCUAGAAUAUUAACAUUAGCAUGCUAACUGUUAGCACGUGUCAAGUACCAAGUCAUAUGACUGAGGUGUUUAUCUGCAAAAUUUGCUACAAAAGUUAGCACACUGUUAGCAUGUUAAAAUUCUUAUUUUUGGGCAAAAUUACAUUGAAUAUGCAAAAUUGGCUAAAAAAGAUAGCAUGCUAGAAUAUUAACAUUAGCAUGCUAACUGUUAGCAUGUGUCAAGUACCAAGUCAUAUGACUCUGAGGUGUUUAUCUGCAAAAUUUGCUAAAUAAAGUUAGAAUGUUUCAAGUACUAAGACGUUUGACUGCAAAAAAAAGUUAGCACACUAAUGUUAGCAUGUUAAAAUUUUUAAUUUUAGGCAAAAUUACAUUGAAUAUGCUUUGCUACCGAUAACACACAGCUAAGAUUUGGAUUAUUUUGUUCAGCUAUCUUAGCAUAUGUUGAUUGACCAACAUUAUAUCUGUUUUAGUAUCUUUAACGUAUCAACGUGGCUUCACCAUCCUUAAUUUUAUUUAUGCGGCCCCUCGCUGAUAAAAAGUUUGGACACCCCUGCUCUAAGACCUCCGCCAAGGCCAAACCGUUUGAGGAAAAACUCACCUCCUGUAAAUUUUGAGUCGUAUUUCUGCGGUCGGGGUUGGCCAAAAGUAACAUAUUGUUGGAACGGUAACGCCAACCUUGUCUGCUGACUUAUCAUCUCUGACUGUGUGAGCAUAUUUGUAUUACACUACAGUGUCACAUAAGUAGGUAGGUGACUGAUGCUAUCAUAGGAUGUGACAUUCAGAGCACCAACUCUCACUACACAACCCUUUAUUUACUUUGUUGUUUGAAACACUGUAAAUGGCAUUAUUCUGAGUUAUUUAAAUAAAAUUGUAAAAAAAAAAAAAAAAAAAAAAAAUGCGUAGAAAAUGGAAAUUAAUAUAGUAAUUUUCUUUGCGGAAGUGAAUUUUAUGCCAAGGUUGUCAAAACUGUAGCCUUGGGUCUGUUUUUGUUCAGUUUGCUGUCCCUCUGCAUGAAUUAAUUCAUUAUUGAUGAGAGAUUUUGUUAGAUAUUAUACUAAUUAUUUGCUAACACAAAGUGUUUUGUUCAGAUAGCUGACUAGCCCUGGACCUCUGGCCGGGGGUCGUCGGAAGCUGCCGUACUUAUUAGAUGGUGCCGAGUGUCUGAAUCCGUGAGUUUUAGGUGUAACUGUACAAAAUGAUCAACAGAGCUAGCCUAAAACCGUAGCAUGUUUACAUAAAAAUGCUAACACUUAGCAUGUGUGUUAACAAUAGCAUGAUAACAGUCAGCAUGUUUUAUAUACCAAUUUAUAUGACUCAAAGGUGUAUGGCUGCAGAAAUAGAAAAAAAAAGUGUAAAAUUAGAUUAAAAAGUUAGCAUGCUUAAGUUAGCUUGCUAGCAUGCUGUCGUUUAAAUGCUGACAAUUUACAAGUGUCACAUACCAAGUUUUAUGACUCUAAGGUAAAGGGUUGCAAAAUGAGCUCAAAAAGCUAGCACUUUAAUGUUAACAUGCUAACGUAAACAUGCAUACAGUUAGCAUGUUUCAUAUACCAAUUUAUAGUACUCAAAGGUGUAUAGCUGCGGAAAUAGAAAAAAAAGUGUAAAAUUAGAUUAAAAAGUUAGCAUGCUUAAGUUAGCUUGCUAGCAUGCUAUCGUUUGAAUGCUAACAAUUUACAAGUGUCACAUACCAAGUUUGUGACUAAGGUAAAGCGUUGCAAAAUGAGCUCAAAAAGCUAGCACUUUAAUGUUAACAUGCUAACAUAAACAUGCAUACAGUUAGCAUGUUUCAAAUACCAAGUUAUAUGACUAAGUUGUAUGGCUGCAGAAUUAGAGAAAAAAGUGUAAAAUUUGAACAAAAGUUAUUACUUUAUUGUUAGUGUGCUAGCAUGCUAAUGUUAGCACACCAACAGUUAACAGCUGUCACAUACCAAGUUAUAUGACUAUAGGGUAAACGGUAGCAAAAUUAGCUCAAAAAGCUAGCACGUUAGUGUUAGCAUGCUAACGGUUAACAUGUAUCACAUACCAAGGUAUUUGACUGUAAGGUGUAUGGCUGUCUAAUGAAGGAAAAAAAACCUAAAGUUUGCUAAAAAGUUAGCACUGUAAUGUUAGUAUGUAAAAGUUAGCACACUAACAGUUAACAAUUGUCACAUACCAAGUUAUAUGACUGAAGGGUAAACGGUAGCAAAAUUAACUAAAAAAAACCUAGCACUUUUAUGUUAGCAUGCUAACAUAAACAUGCUAACGGUUAGCAUGUGUCACAUUCCAAGUUAUAUGACUGUAAGGUGUAUGGCUGUGUAAUGAAAGAAAAAAACCCCCGUAAAGUUAGCUAAAGAGUUAGCACUGUAAUGUUAGCAUGCUAACAGUUAACAAGUUUCACAUGCCGAGUUUUAUGACUGUAAGGUGUAUGGCUGCGGAAUUAGAGGAAACAAGUGUACAAUCUGAAAAAAAGUUUUUACUUUAUUGUUAGUGUGCUAGCAUGCUAAUGUUAGCACACCAACAGUUAACAGCUGUCACAUACCAAGUUAUAGGACUAGGGUAAACGGUAGCAAAAAAAGCAUAAUGUUAGCAUGCUAAUGGUUAGCAUGUGUCACAUCACAAGUUAUAUAACUGUAAGGUGUAUGGCUGUGUAAUGAAAGAAGAAACAUGUAAAGUUAGCUAAAAAGUUAGCACUGUAAUGUUAGCAUGUAAAAGUUAGCACACUAACAGUUAACAGCUGUCACAUACCAAGUUAUAUGACUGAAGGGUAAACGGUAGCAAAAUUAGCUAAAAAAACCUAGCACUUUUAUGUUAGCAUGCUAACAUAAACAUGCUAACGGUUAGCAUGUGUCACAUUCCAAGUUAUAUGACUGUAAGGUGUAUGGCUGUGUAAUGAAAGAAAAAAAAACGUAAAGUUAGCUAAAGAGUUAGCACUGUAAUGUUAGCAUGCUAAAGUUAGCAUGCUAACAGUUAACAAGUUUCACAUACCAAGUUUUCUGACUGUGAGGUGUAUGUAUGGCUGUGGAAUUAGAGAAAAAAAAGUGUAAAAUUUGGAAAAAGUUUUUACUUUAUUAUUAGCGUGCGAGCAUGCUAAUGUUAGCACACCAACAGUUAACAGCUGUCACAUACCAAGUUAUAUGACUGAAGGGUAAACGGUAGCAAAAUUAGCUAAAAAAACCUAGCACUUUUAUGUUAGCAUGCUAACAUAAACAUGCUAACGGUUAGCAUGUGUCACAUUCCAAGUUAUAUGACUGUAAGGUGUAUGGCUGUGUAAUGAAAGAAAAAAAAACGUAAAGUUAGCUAAAGAGUUAGCACUGUAAUGUUAGCAUGCUAAAGUUAGCAUGCUAACAGUUAACAAGUUUCACAUACCAAGUUUUCUGACUGUGAGGUGUAUGUAUGGCUGCGGAAUUAGAGAAAACAAGUGUAAAAUUUGGAAAAAGUUUUUACUUUAUUAUUAGCGUGCGAGCAUGCUAAUGUUAGCACACCAACAGUUAACAGCUGUCACAUACCAAGUUAUAUGACUGAAGGGUAAAUGGUAGCAAAAUUAGCUAAAAAAAAAUAGCACUUUUAUGUUAGCAUGGCCUUUUCUUCGGAGCGACUUAUAGUCCGAACAAUACGGUUAAUAUUGCUGUUGCAAUGUUUGAUAGCUUUUUCUCCCCCUGCUUCCAGCUUUACAGAUGCCAACACCUGCCUAAAAAUGUCCUGGCAAAUGCCGUUACACACAUUAUCACUGACGCACUUGAACACGUUGUGUUGGUGUGCGUCGACUUGGCCCGUGACAGGAAUUUAAAAGUCUUAUUAUUAGAUGAGGUCAUCGUGACGACGGCCAAAACAACGGCGUCGUCCCAAACGAACCUCGGAGAAUGAUGAUACAUAAAUAACAAGGAGGGGGGGGGGAACACGCACGCCGACAAGUAGUUCCUUCCAAUUGG